AUGUGGGUGCUCUGGACAAGUAGGAAUCAGCUGGUGUUUGAGGAUAAGUCUUUCUCGGAAACGGAGGUCUUAGGAAAAGCUAUAAAGCACGCAAGAGAGUGGCAAGACUCGACUACAAAAGCGGUACCUCCCUCUAUUUCACCUAGAGACUGCUCCGCUAGUGUGCCUCAAACGCAGCAACCGGAAACUUCAGCUUGCUGCUUCUCUGAUGCAACCUGGAAUAGUGCAUCUUGUGCAGGAGGAAUGGGAUGGAUUUGCUCCGAUUCUGCUGGCGCUACUCUCCUGCAAGGCUCGUCUUCAUGCUCUAUUGUGGCCUCAGCUAUAGUGGCAGAAGCGUUGGCUCUCAAAGCGGCAAUCAAAGCUGCUAUCUCUCACAAUAUCAAGGAUCUAAUCUGUUUCUCAGAUUCAAAAGGCUUGAUUAAUCUGAUCACAUGA